AUGAGAGUUGUUUCACGUACGAGCACACCUCUGACAUUGACUAUUCUUACUAAAAACAUUCGCUAUGCGACGGACUCUCCAUUUGAAGGAGAGGAAAGGUGGGAGGUUCGUCGACCUUAUUUGACUAGCGAGUUACUCUAUCACACUGCGCAUUGCGCCGAAUCGUUCAUUUGCCUACAAGAAGUGCUUCACGAUCAAUUGAAUGAUGUGCUGCAUGAUUUGAACAAGGAUGACGAAUGGUCCCACAUAGGUGUUGGUCGCAACGAUGGCCAAAAGGCGGGAGAAUACUCGCCAAUCCUCUACAGACCAAGCGUUUGGAAACUUGACCAAUGGCAUACGACAUGGCUUUCUCGGACGCCAGACAAACCCUCCAAGGGCUGGGAUGCUGGAGCACCCAGGAUCCUCACGACCGGUACCUUCUCCCAUCGAAUGACAGGCCAGAAAGUCUUGGCAAACAGCACCCAUCUGGACGAACGAGGGUCCCGGUCCAGACUCGAAGCAGCCAAGGUCAUCCUCGAGCGUAUCAGGCAGUAUGCAGGACGUAAUUUGGAGAUUCCAUCUUUCCUAGGAGGCGACUUCAACAGCGAGUCUCAUGAAGAAGCCUAUCUUGAGGUCACGUCGGACGGCUCUCCAAUGGCCGACUUGAGGGAUCUAGUGCCAAUCCAGAAACAGUACGGAGACAUCAACACUUUUUCUGGCUUUACCCUAGACACUCGCCGUAAGAGAAUCGAUUUCAUCUUUCUUAGUGGAGCAAAUUCAAAGUCUCCCACCAACCCUAGAAAUGACAUGACGAGCAACGAACCCCAUGGACCGACAAAUCCUCCUGAGGGUCCAUGGCUCGCAGAUGGUUAUGCUGUCAUCCCCAAUUGCUUUGAGGAUGGUGUCUACAACUCCGAUCAUCAAAGUGUCGUUGGGACUGUGCGGUUGUCACGAUGA